UAAUUAAGAACGAAAUAUAAGAAUAAUUAAGAACGAAAUAUCUUCAACAACGAAAUAUAAGAAUAAUUAACAAGCAGCCCUAAGUAAGUGUAAUAAGCAUUGCUGGUUCAACAAGAAUGGGUUCGAUGAUGUUGCGCUGCUCCCAGCUGCUGUUACUUGUCCUCCUUGUCAAUGUGAAGAAGGUGAGUUGCCAUGAGGUUGAGGAGGAGCCGUCGAGCACCUACAUCGUCCUCACCGACCACCUCGUCAAGCCGUCCAAGUACGCGUCCAUGGUGGGCAACAACACCGACGGCAUCCUCCGCCACACCUACGCCACCGUCAUGCACGGUUUCGCGGCUCGUCUCACGGAUGGCGAGGCCAAGCGAAUGGCGACCGUCCCCGGCGUGUACCGCGUGUACAAGGACACGGUGUACGACACCCAGACCACUAGGUCGCCAUGGUUCAUGGGCCUACACGACGACUUCGGCGCGUGGCCCGACUCCGACUUCGGCGACGGCGUCAUCAUCGGGUUCAUCGACACCGGCAUCUGGCCGGAGCACCCCAGCUUCGACCACGCCGGGAUCGGCCCCGUCAGGUCCACCUGGAGGGGCAAGUGCGUGGGAUUCAACGCCAGCUUGUGCUCCUCCAGCAACAAGCUCGUCGGCGCCAGGUCCUUUAUUUUCACACACCACGACCUCGUCGGUGCCGGCGACGGCGAUUAUCCGAGCCCGAGGGACGUGGAAGGCCACGGAACGCACGUCGCGUCCACCGCUGCUGGCUCCGAGGUCCACUCCGCUGAUCUCUUCAAGUUCGCCGGCGGGAGAGCGAGCGGCGUGGCGCGCAAGGCAAGGAUCGCCAUGUACAAGGCGUGCCUUCCCAUCGGAUGCUUUUCCUCGGACGUUGCCGCGGCCAUCGACGCCGCGGUGAGCGACGGCGUCGACAUCAUCUCUAUGUCCCUCGGAGGCCCCGCGCAAGCCUUGUACGACGACGUCCUCGCCGUCGCCACGUUCGGCGCCGAGCGCAGAGGCGUCUUGGUCGUCCUCGCGGCCGGCAACGGAGGCCCGGAAGCGUCCAGCAUAUCCAACGUGGCCCCGUGGAUGACGACCGUCGGCGCUGCCACCACGGACCGGGCGUUCCCGGCGACACUCAGGCUCGGCAACGGGGUGGUGCUCACCGGCCAGUCCCUCUACAACAUCCCCUUCUCACAGUCACAGCCACAGCUGCCGCUAGUGCGCAGCGACUGCGGCGAGGACGACCUGACGCCCGACAGGGUCAUGGGCAAGGUCGUGGUGUGCUCAGGGGAUGCUGACGCUUGGGCCGGCUUCUACGUGGAGAGAGCCGGCGGUGCCGGGAUGAUUGCCGGCGACAGUAAGGAACGGUUCUCGGACGCGGUGACGGCCCAACCCUUCACCCUUCCGGGUCUCCUUCUCAGCUCCACCGACGGCAAGAAGCUGGACGAUUACAUGUCGUCGGUGGCAUACCCGGUGGCUUCCUUCAACUUCACCUGCCGCACGGUCACCGGCGAGAACCGGGCGCCGAUGGUGGCGGGCUUCUCGUCUCGGGGCCCCAACCCGAUUGUCCCCGAGAUCCUCAAGCCCGACGUGAUCGCGCCCGGGGUGAACAUCCUCGCCGCCUGGUCCAGUGCCGCCUCGCCGUCUGGCUCCGACAUGGACCCGCGGAGAGUGGAGUACAACAUCAUCUCCGGGACGUCGAUGGCGUGCCCACACGUCGCCGGAGUUGCGGCCCUGAUCAAGAAGCGGCACCCCGAUUGGACGCCGGCCAUGAUCCGGUCGGCGCUGAUGACGACUGCUGGCCCUCUCGACAAGAACGGCAGGGACAUGGUGGACAGCGGCAGUCCCGUGGGCGCGAGCGCGACGCCGCUAGCGGCCGGGGCCGGGCUGGUGAUCCCGCGGCUGGCCAUGGACCCGGGACUGGUGUACAACGUGGAGGACUACGUGGACUUCCUCUGCACCCUCAACUACACGGUGGAGCAGAUGCGGUUGUUCGUGCCGGAGUUGACAAAGUGCGCCCGGACGAUCCCCGGCGGCGUGGCAAACCUCAAUCACCCGUCGUUCGUGGUGGUCUUCGACGGCCGGACCGGCGGCCUAGAGCGCACGCUGACGCGGACGGUCACCAUGGUGUCAGCGUGCCCCGAGAGCUACAACGUGACGGUGGCGGUGCCGGACGGAGUGAAGGUGGCCGUGACGCCGGCGGCGCUGGAGUUCAGGUGGCCCAUGGAGAAGAGGAGCUACAGCGUGGAGUUCAGCAGCAAGGCGAGGAGGGCCGGCGAGUGGGACUUCGGCCACAUCGCAUGGGAGAACAGGAAACAUCGGGUCAGGAGCCCCGUCGCCUUCAACUGGGAAAAAUGAUGCCUUUAGCACUCAACACUCAAAAUGCCAAUCCCAGUUAAGGCUGUCAUAUAGGUAAAAAAAUCUGAUGUGGCUUAAUAAAAGAGAGAUGAGUGUAAUGACCCAGAAAGAUACUCAUACUCCCU